GUGGAUGGAGAUCGUCUAUCAGCUCCCCCUCGAUGAAUAUGCGCCUUUUCCCUGUCUAGAGGACGGAGAUCCCAAAGACCCCGCGUCUCAGCAUGGCGCGCCAAUCAAUAACCUACACACGAAUACAAGUGUUAUUGAACCUGGCUUCUAUGUUCUUCUGAGCGCCCAAGGCUUGCCCAUCGACAUUCCCAUCAACCCAGAUAAUCCGGCACCACGCACACUCAGCCGCUCUUUGUCGCAGCCUGAUUCUCAUACCACCCAAUUUCGUGAUAGAGUUCGAGCACGAGACGGGCGCUGUGUCGUUACGGGUGAUCCGCGAGUUGAUCCCAACUAUACCGGUCUUGCAGCAGCGCAUAUCUUUCCAGUUGCUCAUGCUGAUUUGUGGGUUUCCGGGAAGUGGAAACAGCAGAUCAAUGAUGAUGAAUACAUUGGCCCUACUUGUAUCCAUUCCAUACAAAACGGAAUUCUUCUGAGGGAUGACGUACACCACUUCUUCGACAAAUACUACCUUGCGAUCAAUCCUGAUACCGGCUACAAAUCUCAUUGUUUUGUUAAUUCCCCACAACUCGACAAUAAAAUAAUGUUUCGAAAUCCAAGUACACCAGAAAAGUUCCAGCCAAGCCGCGCAAUUUUGAAGCAUCAUUUUCGAAUGGCGGUCUUGUUAAACAUGAAGGGCAGAACAGGAUAUCCCCAAUGGGAUGAAGACAUACCUGAAGGCUAUGAUCCGAUAGGUGAAUUCGCUAGUUCUGAACAAGGGCAGCUUCGAUUAGAGACGGAGUUGGCGAGGAAGCUUAAUAGCCUUAUUACUUGAGAAGUGAUGGCUUUAUUUUGCUUUAACUUUUUGCGUGGGAAGUUGCACGAAGGCGGACACCUCUCUAUCUGCAUGUAAUAGCUACCUUAGCGACUGAACCCUCUUGCUACUCCAAUAUAUAAACCUGGAAGAUUAGAUCAGGGAU